GGCUCGCCGGGACUAGCCGGUGCCCCCGUCCCGCUCCGUCCUCUCUAUGGCCCGGGCCGCCGUCGCCCAGCAACGCGCCCGCCCCGUGGCGCCGCGGGCGGGAUGUGGCGGCUGCUGCUGGGCCGCGGCCUGGGCCGCUGCCGGCCGCCCCCCGCCCGCCCCGCCUGCGCCGCCGGGCCGCCGGACACCCGCGCCCCCAGCCCUGAGCGAGCGCCCGGCAGCCAGGAUGGACGGCCCCGCGAUGGGCGGGAGCGAGGAGGAAGGCGGCAGCCCCUGCCCGGCCUGGUGCCCUGUUAUUCGGUGCUGGAGGCAAUCACCUGGGGAGCGCUCGGUGCACUUCUUCUGCAGCUGGUCAGACAGAUCUCAUGGCUGAGGUCGCUGCCGGAUGCCAGGAAAGAACCCAGGUCUCUCUGGCUUUCUUCGCUGCCCUCUCAGCAGACAGUGGUGACUGAAGCCUCAACCAGCUGUCCCAGUGUGCAGCUGGAGUCCCGCUUCCUGCAGAAAGCAAGUCCAGAGGUACUAGAGGAUUCAUCCUCGGGCAUCCCCUCAGGGCAAGGAGAGAGCCAGCCCUGGGCAGAAGUAGGGGAGUUCCAGAUCCCUGAGAGCUCCAGCUUGGGGCCAGUUCUCCACAGUGCAAAGGGUGACCCAGCUCAGCGAGGGCAUUUGGAGGAAGCUGCUUUCCAAUUGCAGCAGCUUUUCCGGAUUGACAUUUCCAUUGCAAUGAAUAUCCUUGGGAUUGAAAGUAUGAGAGCGGGCCAUUACAGGAUAGCCUAUACCUGCUUCAAACUGGCAGCAGAUCGAGGCUACAGCAAAGCCCAGUUCAAUGUGGGUCUGUGUUACGAGCACGGCAGAGGCACGGAAAAAGACUUGGAAAAGGCAGCUUUUUAUUACUGCCACGCAGCCAGAAGCUCUCACCCCAUGGCACAGUACCGCUAUGCUAGGUACCUCUUACACCACAGACCUGAAAAUGAAUGGGACAGGCAUCAGAAGGCAGUGACUUUCCUGGAGCAAGCAGCAAUGGCUGGGAUUACAGAGGCACAGGCUUAUCUUGGAGUGUUCUACAUGAGGGGGCUGCAACCUAAGGAAAAGAGAGGUCUGAAGUACCUGCUGCUGGCAGCAAAGAACGGCGAUGCCCAAAGCAGGUAUCACGUGGGCGUUUGCUAUGAGAAGGGCCUUGGAGUGCAGCAGAACGUGGCAGAAGCGAUGAGACACUACCAACAGUCAGCUGCUGCAGGGAACAGGAACGCUCGGGAGAGGCUGCGAGUGUUAGAAGAGGCGGUGGAAGAUGUGCGAACGAAGCAUCCAUUCCCUUCUGGAAUAAGAACCUCUUCCUCUAGCCCCUGUUUCUGGGCUAUUGAGCGUGUGCCUGCAGACCUCCACGCCACCCAACCAAGACCAUCAGCCCUCACCCUGCCCCACUCUUGGAGCACAGACGGGCUCCACAUGACAAUGCUCAGCAGUGCAGGAUGGAGCCGUGCCCUCAGAAACAGGGCGACGCCACUGGAACUGCAGUGCUUGGAGCCCCACCACUGCUGUUAUUAGAGCUGUUGCCGCCGAGCUGCCUACAGAACAGGAGCACUGUCUUCCAGUCCAAGACUCUUCCCACGUGCUGACAGCUGCCGCAGAAGCCCCGAGCCUGUUUCAUUGUGAGCUUGAACCUUCUGGGACAAAAUCAUUUCAAAGAGGGUGCUCAUUUCUGAAAGGAAAGUGCUGGCCAGUCUUGUCCCCGUGGCAUUCGAGUCAGCCCCAGCACCUUUGCCGAAGGUCUCAAAGGUCCUUGGUUUCUCCUGCUUUGCAGCUUCCUCAUCCUGAGGUGAAUGCAGAGAGUCGGGGGAGAAGACGUUGUCCUUGUAACUACUGGUGAGGGGCAAGGAGAGCCGAGCCACCCAUGCUGGGUCAGCAGCCGUCAGCCUCUUGAGGGCCAGCUCUGGAGGGAAUGAAAACAAGAACUGGUGGUAAGACAUGGAGUAGAGGCGACCACAGGAGAGAAGGGAGAGGGAAGAAAUAAAAAAUAUUGUAAAAUGAGACUUCCUGAAGUCAGCUGCGAGAGGACUGAUUGUAAACAGGUCUAGAGAUACGCUACCAGCAGCAUCAUUCAAACCAGCAACUUAAAAAAAAAAAAAAAACAAACAAAACAAACCCAAACUAGAACUGGUUUAAAACUGCUGGGGUUUUUCAUUUGAUUUUUGUUGUUUUGGUUUUUGUUUUUUUUUUUUUUACUGUAAUAACCAUUAGGUUCACUUUGCUUUCUAAUUUGUUGCAGCCUCAAGUGAUACUUCACUAAAUUGUUAGCAGAGCUAGAGAAAGUAAGGGUUUAGGCCUGGCUAAAGGGGAGAUGACAUUGGAAAGCUUUCAAGCAAGAAGUAUCGGACAGAAAAAAGGUCACUAGUGGACUUCCCUUAAGAGUCACUCUACGGUGGGAAUCUGCUGCUAAGCAGGCAUAUUGAGACUGAAAAGAAAUGGGUUACUGUGAAAACAAUAACAACAGAAGUAGAAUUAAAUUCUGGAUUAUAAAAUGCACAGCUGGAUGGUUGAAGACUAGUAACAAAAAAUUGAGCUAUAAAGUAAUUGUUCAUCAAUUGGAAACAGAUGAGAAACAGCGGGAGCCUGGUGUGGGUGUUGGCUGCAGGCUCGUUAGUGUACCAGUAAUGUGAUUCUGCCCCAAAAUGAGCAAAUGAAAUCAUACAAUGUGCUGGUCAAGGUAUUCCCUGUUGGCAUGAAGACAUAGCUGUGGUAUUGUUACUAGGUCUGGCGAGACCUGAUCAGGAGUGUUACAUACAAAUUGAUUAUCCAUCCGUAGGAAAGAGGAUCUGAAAUGACAGAAGUGCAGAGAAAACAAUUGAGAUGAAAACAGGAGUGAGUCCAGGCUUACAUGAUGUGGAGGCUCCGAGAGGUAGGGGUUGCUUAGCCUAAGGAAACAAAUGCUCACCAGGGACCUGAUUGCAACCUGUCAUUAUUUUGAUGAGAUAAACACCGACAAAGGAAAUCUUGGUGCUUAAAAUAGUGUUGGCAAAAGAAGAAGUGAUUAUAACUGUCCAUGAAUAAACAUACACUGGAAAUUAAAGGAAGGACCCCAUAGCAGGGUGAGCCUGGAAUAGCUUCCUCAUCAGACGACAGGAAAGGAAACAGGGGUUCUUGUUUUUUAAGGUAGAGCUUUGCAGUUGGUAAACAAGAGCCCGUGAUGCUGGUGCACAGACGCUUCCAGCCCCGCACUGCUUCAUUUCCAAAGCAUAACUAAGAACCACGGGAAGGUUCGAAGCGACCGUCAAGUUUGUGAAACACUUUGAGUCAGAGAGCAGCAAAACAAAUAACUGGUGUCUGGUAACAAAACACAGCGGUCCCAAUCAGACGGCAAGAACUGGUGCCCUAAUAAUUUGGGGGCUGUGACUUCCAAAAGGACCUCUGAAAGGAGGGACCCCAUUCUAAUGCACUGAUCGUGCUGCUUCCAGGAGAUAAUCAAUACCCUGCCACAGCCUGGGACACGUGGUCUUCAGCCAGUGGCUAGUCAAUCACUGAGACAAGUCUUCCUCAGACAACUAAGUAAUUAGUCCCUUUUCUCUGAAAAAUAACUCUGUCCUGGGGUGGGAGGGGGGUGAGUGCUGGGAUUCACACCUAGUAAGGAGAGAAGGGCAGAGACAUCACAUUUUGUUUCAGCUGAAGCCCCAGAAUUCUUUUUGCGUUGCUUAACUUUCAGGAUUUCUUUCUGCAAUCUCAGUAUUUUCUUUCAGUCCGCGGUGACUGUUCCUUAAGAGACCUCCCAAGCAUCCUGAAGUCCCAUGGGUUUGCUCUAAAAUAUCCACAGUUCUCUCAGCAGUCUGCAAGAAGCCACUGCAGUCCCUGAAUAUUUUGACGCUUCAGCUCUGGAGCAGGGCACAACAGUAGUCCGCUUGCUGUGGGCUGAUGGUCCUGUGACCAUGAAACCUUGUAAUUAGGGAUGUCUAAUUUGACCUGGUAACUCUUUACUGCCUUAUUCGAAUGGUGUUUCGGGAGCAGGGGUUGUUUUUAUAAUCAAUAAAGUUGUAUCUCUCA